UCCACUGGGCUCUCUCCCAGUGUCAGGUUUUGUUCUCUUGGGUACCACAACCAACGGGCAAGACGAACGCUCGAAAAAAGUCGAAGCCUCCGCGCCGCCCAGCUUGGUUUUUAUCGUCUUUAAAUUACACUGAGCGACCUGGUUUCAGCACUGCGGGAACUAACAGCUCCAACGCAGGGAAUUUUAUUAAACAUUCUGCCAACGCCAAUAGACUCACAGGCGCUUCUCUGCACAGGAAAACGAUAGCCACCGGAAAAGCGCCUGUUCAUCAGAGCUGAGCUGUCCAGACAUUCGACAGAUUUAUUUUUCUUUUUCUGACGUAGUUCGGAUAUACAAAACGUUACAAAGAGUUAAUCUCUUGGACAAUACCGCAAACCGUUAACUUUAAUGUAUUUAAGAAUGGCGUCCAAGAGCAUUUGGUUCUUUAUUUUUGUGCAGAUUAUAAACCUAAGUGUGUAUCAGAUGUCUGCGUUUCCCACACCUGAAUCGGUCGACGAUAAAUCUGUGUACAACAGACGACUGAGUGAAGAGAGGCCAUUGCAGGAACAGAUCGCAGAAGCUGACAGCGGCAGCAAAAUAGAACCCAUAGACAACAAACAAGAGUCUGAUCCUACGGAGGCAGAAACAGACCCAGAUAACGACGAUUUUAGGCUGCUCAAGUCGUUAGCAGCAGGGUCAAAGGACCCAGGUAACGAGACCAUCGAUGCAGAGGAACCGAAAACUCAAUACGUCCCUGACGAUUCAGACUCCACCAAGAGCAGGAGACUGGCGGAUGAUUACGACUCCACCAAAACUGGUACAGACUACACACACCCAGAUGACCCAGAGAGUUUCCGCCAAGUGGACGGGACCCCGUUAACAGCGGAGGACAUCGUUCAGAAGAUCGCCACCAAAAUCUAUGAAGAGGACGACAGAGGGGUGUUUGACAGGAUCGUGUCCAAACUCCUAAAACUGGGACUGAUCACGGACAGCCAGGCUGACACUCUAGAGUAUGAGGUGGCUGAGGCUCUACAGGAGCUCAUCACCAAAAAUGCCAAGGACAACGAGGUGGAUGACCUCAGCAUGGACUACCCCAUCUCCAGGGGCAACGUGGGGGUGGAGCAGAACCCCGACGCCAACAUGGAAGUGGCUGAGAAACAGGAAGUGGACGAGACGCCCAGUAGAAAGUAUAAGGAGGAGCAGGCGGGGAUGGGUGCUGAUGACACAGUGGACAGGUCAUGGGCCACCAACAGUGAGGAUGGCCUACAGGACCUGCAGUACUUCCCAAACUUCUACAGUCUCCUCAAGAGCCUUAACACAGAGAAAGACGCAGAGGAACGAGAGACCCUGAUCACCAUAAUGAAGACCCUGAUUGAUUUUGUGAAGAUGAUGGUGAAAUACGGCACCAUCACACCCGAGGAAGGUGUGGCUUACCUGGAAAACCUGGACGCCAUGAUAGCCGUCCAGACGAAGAGCAAACUGGGGAAGUCUCUGGAUGCCCCAGAUGGGAAACUGCCAGCAGGGAAGAUGAGCGAUGAGGUGGACAAUACCAAGGAGGCCGCGGCCAAAAUGCAGAAAGAGUACGAGUCUCUGAAGGACUCCACCAAGAGUGCCCAGCUGGCCACAGAGACCGGCCAGUCUGGGAAGUCAAACACCUAUCUGGAGGCAAUCAGGAAGAACAUUGAGUGGCUAAAGAAGCACAACAAAGAUGGGAAAGAUGGAAACCGAGAGGAGUAUGACCUGUCCAAGCUGAGGGACUUCAUGAACCAGCAGGUGGACUCGUACAUCGAUCGUGGGAUUCUUCCCAAAGCUGAGGGCGAGGUCAUCAAGAGGAUCUACGGCAGCCUGUAGGGACCAAACAAAACCCUGCUCGAACACCGCACAAACCGGUUCCGUAGUCACACGUGUAAACUUUACUGAGAUUUAAUCCCUUUUUCUACAUUGUAGUCCACACUUCCCUGCACUUAUACAGGGUAACCCCCCCCCCCCCCUACCAUAAAUAGUCAAAGCAAUUUAGCAAACUUCUACGGUGAAGUCAAAGGAUACCAACUGAUGAAGUGUCAAACAUUUAUCAGCCUCAUCCCCACUGAGUGCAUUUCUCACAUACGUCCAACCAUCUCACUCACAGUGCUUUGGGAGUUUAUUGUUUUUUAAAGAAAAUAUUUGAACAAAAUUUCAAACAGACACAUGCUUAAGGGUCAUUUUAGUGGUAAACAAGGCCUUUCUCAGAAUGCCUCUUGGCAUUCAGCAGCUCUUGAAAGCAGUGUCCUGUAAUCAGCACAAACUGGUCAGGAAAGCAUUUGCGCUCCAGCUAUUUUCUGCCCACUACCAGACAAAUUACCUCCUUGGAACCCUCUAGCGCUUGAAAAAUAAAUUACAACAACCGAACGUAUCGACACUAUAUACCAGAUGUUGGUAGAAAUUAAUUUUGCUUGGCUAGAGAUUAGAUGACAAAUCAUAGAGCUUUCAGAUCUUGUAGGGUGCAAUAGAUCUUCUUUUGCUCUUUAAAAUACAACAAAAUGUAAUCAUUACAUGUAACCUGUCAUUGAGUAAUUUGUUAUUUCAGUUCUUUUCUGUGAGUGUUAUCUGUUGUACUUUUGAUUCUGCCAAAAAGAGAUGACCUUUGUGUUCUGUUGUCAUUGAACAUGAUUGUUUUUGUUUGGUUUCUGUUAGACAUACUGUAUUUGAUUAGUGAGAGGACCUCCAAGCCCCUAGAGGGCACUGGUGUCACUCCUCUCUGUACUUGUGACUACUCCUUUUUCCACCCUGCAUGUUCCAGAACAUUUACAACGUGCAUCCUGAUGUUGUGGAUUUAGAGGAGACACAAAAACAAAGUAUUUUUGAGUGUAAAUAUUUGUGAACUUUUUUCAGAAUGUAAAAGCAAUUAAAAACAUUGCCUUUCUUUA